AUGAAAUUGGAACCUUUCAAGGAAGUCCUCAAACGUCAAAUACCAAUUGAUAUUGAUAAACCGAUAUCAAUGAUAGUGUAUCACUUGGAUCAUCCUAAAAAUUGUGGUGAUCCUUGGAUUGGUGCAUAUUCAAAGCAUGGCUUUUGGUAUAAAUUUUUUCAUGGUACCAAUGAUGACUAUGAAAAGGUAGUUGCUCGAGCAUAUGAAAGUGAUUCAUAUAAGAUGGAUUAUGAUUCAUUAAAGGUGUUGAAAGCUAUACCUACCUGUUGCUAUCAAUUUAUUGUCGCCAAAAAUCAAAGUGAUGAACUUCUUGGCAGUAUAAUGAUUGCAUAUUGCAAUAAUUUUGCAGUUAUCGGUGUUUACUAUGUAACUGAAGAGUAUCGUCAUUCAGUGUCACAUUUGGCCAAUAAAUGUCAUCGCUUUGGUUUUAUGACAUCACUCUUACAACAGUGGAAAUUUGCAACAUAUGAGAUCAACAAUCCAUCAGCGUUUCCUGCACUUCAAGAUAAAAAGAUUACAAUUAUGAAAUACAGUAAUCUUUCGGAAGCUGAAAUCACAGCAUUGUUGAAAUAUGACAUGAAUGUGACAGGUUUGAAUCGAAAUGUCUGGUUAAAGGAAUGGCUUAAACGAGAAAAUUUCAAUACUUAUGUUGCCUUUGAAGAGAAAAAUGUGAUCGGAUAUGGAUGUUCAAGAGAGAUAGCUGGUGGUUAUGUAUUACCAUUACUUGUUGGACCGCUAUUUGCUGAUAAUUUUGAAGUUGCUAGUGCUCUAAUUUAUGCUUCACUGAAGAAAUACUAUAAUCCGGAUGAUGAUUAUGAUUGGGAUCCGGAUAUUUUUGCAAUAUAUAGAAGGAAUGUGUAUUUCAUUGUACCAGAACAAAAUAUUCAAAUGAUAGCAUUAAUGGAGAAACUAAAAGGAGAAAAAGGAACAUUUCAAAAAGAUCAACUCUCCUAUAUUGUAAGUAUUUGUCAUUUUCGAUAA